AUGCUUUUUGGGACUGCACUAAGCAAAGAUCAGCUGAUUGAUCAAUAUUUAAACAACAGCCUAUACAGCUCAGCUUUGGAUGGCACAUACACUGGGCUCUCAAGUUAUAAAUGUGACUCUAAUUCGCCGCUCGAUGACUUGGCGUUUGACAUGUAUCAGGACCCCGAGGUGGCCCAUAUCAUUCGACUGCUGGACCAGAAAAAACAGGACAUGGUUCGGGAGGAAAGAUUUGAAUUGGCCAAAAAACUCAAACAAGCUAUCGCAGACCUGCAAAAGGUGGGCGAGCGUUUGGGCCGGUAUGAUGUGGAGAAACACAGUGCCAUAGAACGAGAGGACUAUGACACAGCUAAGCAGAAAAAGGAACAAUUGGAAGCUUACAGGCUCACAGUCUACCAGCAGCUGGAGCUCCAUGACCUGCUGGACAUCAGUCAGAUCCACAGAAUUUCCGAGGUUUCCAACUCUGAAUUUCCCUCUCCACGUGUUGGUACACAGAAACACGCGCCUCAUCCAGCAGACUCACCCAGGAAGAGAAGACAGAGGCAACAUGUGAAGGAGACAGAGGAGCAGGACACUUCAAAAGCAGCUAGCCCCAAACAUACAGUCGCUCCAACACCCUUCACUCCUCCUCACUUCCCCAAGAUCGAUAUCAGUUCCCUUCCUUAUGACGAGAGGCCUUUACCUGCUCUUAGGAAGAGGUCGAGUGAUCAGCCAGUCAGUGAGCUCGAUGAGAUGCCCCCUCUGACAGACACAGCCACCCCAUGUAGCUCUGGGGCCGCAGGACAACCAGAACCGCUCACAGAGAAAGCUCAGAGAGAGGCCAGUCUGCCCAUCGACAUCUGUGGAGACAGUCUGGUGGCAGGGGCCUAUUCCAAGAAAUGGUCCCACAGGGAGGAUGCUUUGCUGACAGUCUACAAGAAACUGUUGGAGGUUCCACCUGGAACCCCAAAAGCAGAACUGCGGAGCAUGACUAGAGCAGCUGUGUUCCUCUGCAAGAAAGCUCUCACAGAUAAAGUGUCAUCUGUACGAGAACUCCCUCUCUAUCUUUAUUUUGCCCAGUUUUUUCUGGCAGGUGGAUUGGAGCACAGCGCUGCCUCAGUGCGGGAACUCUCUGUGAGAGUUGUCCAGGCUAUGCACCGUCUUCAUGGAAAAGCAGUUCUGAAUUAUCUGCCACCUGAUGACACCAGCACACGUAAAAAUGUCCUCUACAAGAACCUUUUUGACUCACUUGCCAUGUUAGAUGGAAACACCAUCAAUACACAGAAGCCACAAAAAGGGGCAGAAAAAGAUGGUGAGAAAGAAAAAGAGGAAAUCAGGAGCUUACAAGAGCAGCUUGCAGUGCUGAAGGAGAUCAGUGUGAAAGGGAAAGAAAAUACCAAAGUACCUGAGAAAAAAGCUGAGAAGGCAACCAAAUCAGGUUUUAAGAAGGUAAACCAGUCUGUACCUGCUGAUGUGGAAGGCAGCGAACCAUCUGUAGCUAACUUCUUAGACAAUCUGUGUAUUUUCUGUGGAGAGAGAGAUGAAUCAUUCACUGAGGACGGACUCGACCUGCACUACUGGAAACACUGCCCGAUGCUGCAGCGCUGCCUUCAGUGCAGACAGGUGGUGGAGAUUGCAAGCCUGACAGAGCACUUGCUGACUGAAUGUGAGCGGAGGGCAGAUUUCACCCAGUGUCCUCUCUGCUCCGAAGCUCUCACCCGAGAUAAGCUAACUGAACAUGCUCAAAGCGCUGCAUGCAAUCCACCCGCUUCUGGAGAAAAUUGUAACCACUGUCCUCUCUGCCAUGAAAACUUCACCUCAGGGGAGGAGGGCUGGAAGUCUCACCUCAUGGGAAUUGAGGGCUGUAAACAGAACUCACGGAGGAGAGCGGUACAGCAGAGUACUCUCACACACGUACAAGGAAAGACAAUCAGCACAGCUAUAGCUAAGACAACAACGGUCAUAUCCGAGUCCAAGACUCGAGGGCUGGGCAGGGGCAGUCGCAUCCCUGCUCCUGCUUCUAGGAUCAACAGACGCAACAGAAUUCCUCCAGGCAAGGCCUCUACCCACAGACUACAACAGGCAUAGCACAUGGGCUAAAUGCUAACUCUAGUAGCUUUGCUGGAAUAAUCUCAUGAGUGAUUCAUAGCGAAAAAACACAAUCUACUUUAUAUCAAGUUAUCAAAUAAUGCAUUAUUGCACUUAUUGCUGUACUGAUUUAGAAAUAUUCCUAUAAGACACGGCAUCAUUAUUCUAAGCACACAUUAUCAUUGACACCUGAUAUAAAAUUUACCCAUAAAUGAAUGUAAAUUAUCUUAAAUGUGUGUCGAUGGCUUGUGAACAAAAAUACUUGAGCAGGAAAACAGGCUUAUGAGCAGAUAUGCAGUCUGUAUUUUGCUCUGUUUACCAAUUCAGGUGGAUCACCUAGAUCUAUUUGAGAAUUUUAUUCUUGUAUGUUGUUUUGUACUUUUGUUUGUUUAGUGUGUGUGUGUGUGUGUGUGUGUGUGUAGAGUAUGUUAAUAUUUAGUGAUUGUAGCACUUUGAUAUUUAAAGGUUUUUAAAGCAUCAUUAGCACCAUAGCCAAAAGUGAAAAGUAGCCUUUGAAAAGAAAGUAAACAAAUCUGUCCAAGAGAUUUAAACUUCAGCCAGAUUCUCAUCGUGUCUGAUUCCGAUAAUGCACUUCAAUUUCCUGCAGCGCUCGCUUUUCAACAUUUAGGUAACAAACUAACAAAAAUGUUGUUUUUC